UCGCGGUGGUCCUGCCAGUGCAGUCUCCGGCCCGCAGGCCCUAGAGCAGGCCCCAGCCCCAGGUCCACCCAGGUCCCGCCACCACCGCGACGUAGGGUCGCCAUGACCCGGUAGUGAACCCGCAGCACCCACCGCCCGCGCCGCCGGACUCUCUAGCGCCUCGAGGCGGGCCACACCGUGGGUCUCACCUUCAGCUGGAUUCUAUAUCGACUGCGACUGCAGCCCCCACCAUGGCGUUGCUGCGCAAGGGCUGCUUCUGCUGCGAGCUGCGGACCUGCGUCCUCGUCCAGGCCUGGACCAGCAUGCUCAUCGCCGUGCUCCACACCGCCUUCGGCCUGCUCGUGCUGGCCCUGAUGGCCGACCUCGUCCCCCACGAGCACCUGCCCGAGGAGGUCCGCGUCCGGCUGCGCCCCCCGGCGGUCAUGUCGGGCAACAGGAAGGCGGCGGCCGCGGCCGUGCGCGAGAUGAAGGUCCAGCAAGCCCUGGUCGGCUCCAUGGCCUUGAUGAUGGGCCUCAUCAACCUGUCCAUCACCAUCGCCCUCGUCCUCGGCUGCAGGAAGGAGAAUCGGCGGCUGCUGGUGCCUGCUCUCAUCUGGGGCGCGGCCGGCCUCGUGUUCAUCACCGUCAUGACCAUCGUCACCCUCGUGGCCACGCCGGCCAAGGUGGCCGCCCUGGUCGCCGUCAGCGGCGUGCCCUUGCUGGUGCUGUCCGUGUACUUCUGGCUGCACAUCCUGAGCUACUACCUGGAGCUGCGCGAGGAGGACCGGGAGCUCAAGAGGCAGACGCUGUGACGCGACGAGGCGCCGGCUCACCGCGAGUCCGGCCGCGAGGACGGCGAGAAGCAAGACUGCCCGCCCUCCACGGCGGGCCCGGACGGCCCGGACAGCCUGGACCGGGGUCGGCUCCCUACCCCCGGCCUCUACCUGGGCCUCUACCCGGGGAGCUACAGUUACCCGGGCGGCUACCCGGGCCUCCACUACCUGGGCCGCUACCCGGGCCGGUGUCCAGGCCGCCCCCUCGGCCCUUACCCGCAGCGUUACCCGCAGCGUCACCCGCAGCGUCACCCGGGACGCCAAGCGAGGCCUCAGCCAGGCCUCCCGCCAGCCGUGCGUGACAAGUGUAAACACGGACUGAGUCUCGGUGGCUCGCGGAACCUUUGAGUGACUUUUGGCCCUUGUCAUGAUAUAGUGGAAAAGCAUCUCUCUAUUUCUCUCUCUCUGUGAAUCGGAUUGACUUGAGCAUUUAUCCUUUUGCUCUUCUGCUCAGGAAGAGUUCACAGCACCCUGCCGUACCGUUUUGGAUAUAGUAAUUAUUUUUCUGUGUUCUUAAUCUCCUCAAUUUUACGACCAAUAUUUCUUGUAAUAAAAGACUCAUGAUCUGAAA